CUAUAUAGAUGCAGUAGUUUGUGCGAGUAGACCUAUGUUGAAAUAGUGGAUUUUUUAUUUUAUUUUAUUUAGUGAGCUGGAAGCUGGAAUCAUAAAGAUUGAUUUUUUUUUUUAAAAGUCUGGAAAUAUUUAACUGUAAUGAUGAAUCUAGAAUAUAUGGAAGUUUCACUUCUUGAGUUAAAUCACAGGGGAAAAAUUACUUUUUCAAGAUAAUCUAAUUGUUUGAAAUGCACUUGUAUCUAUCUUUAUUCUGUUACCCGGGUUUUAUUUUGAAAACUGUACGUUUACUUCCGGGUAACGUGACCGUUAUCUUUUUGUAGUUUGUGUUUACCAUUUAAAACACCUAAAAUCGCAUCCAUUAAGCAUAUGAAGAUCAUUAGGAUUAAGAUUAACCAAAUCCAUGUAAACCGGGAAGAGUUUAACCAACACCACCACUCACUACGAAAGAAGAAGCGAAGGCGGACGUAGGCAGCAGGGAAAUAUUUUUUUCUCACUGCUUAUCUUCAUAUCCUGCUAGCAUUGAUGCUGCUGUAAAGACACUCGUUAAUUACCCUUUCAACGACGGUGGAAGGUUAUUUUGUCAUAAUUUUCAACAACAUUUGACGAAUUUAUAUAAUUAUUUAUAUUUUAAGAGUAUCCUUACUUCUAUUAUCGUUUCAUCUUUUUCUAAAACUACUUUAUUCCGUGGAAAUUAUCAUUACCGAGGGUGACUUGAGUACGUAAGAGGUUGCUGAUUCCGACAUUUCCUGUUUCCUGAAUGCAACAUUGUGAACAUUGCCAGCUGCUGCCUGUGUCGGUGUGAUUAGAAGGAGGGGGAGUGAGUCGAGCUGGAGGAGCCUUGUUCAGCCAUGUUAGUUUUCUCUGCUGUUCACAAACGAUGAGAGAGAGGAGCCAUGGCCUUGUCAUUGAGCGGAGACGAUGAGGAAUAUGAUUCAGAGUCUGAGCAGCAGCGGGCAGCCAACCGGCCGAAGCCCCCGAAGAUGGGGACGACGUCGGCGGUUAAGCUGCCGUCCAAUCGCAGCUCAUCCGGAGCGAGACGCAGGAGAACACGCUGCAGGAAGUGCGAGGCGUGUCUUCGGACGGAGUGUGGCGAGUGCCACUUCUGCAAAGACAUGAAGAAGUUUGGGGGGCCGGGGCGCAUGAAGCAGUCCUGCAUUAUGAGGCAGUGUAUAGCGCCUGUCCUUCCCCACACGGCGGUGUGCGUGGUGUGCAAAGAGGCAGGAAAAGAAGACACGCUGGAGGAAGCGGAGGACAAGUUCAACUUCAUGCUGAUGGAGUGCUCCAUCUGCAACGAGAUUGUCCAUCCAAACUGUCUCAAGGUGAGUGAUGCCUCAGGAGUGGUGAACGACGAGCUCCCAAACUGCUGGGAAUGUCCUAAAUGCAACCAUGCUGGGAAGAGUGGAAAAGCAUUGAAGCAAAAAAGGGGUCCCGGGUUCAAGUACGCCUCCAACCUCCCUGGCUCUCUGCUGAGGGAACAGAAGCCCUUGAAGGAGGAGAGCGAUGCUUCUGUUGCAGCCAAGAGGAGACCAGACCGAGACGAGACGCCCCGGUUCAGACCUGAGGAGUCUCUCCAUCGACAGCCUCCUCUGCUCUCCCCCUGCACCCUGCCACGACCCAGACCUGAAGACAAACUAAGGAAGAAGAGGAAGCUGUUUGAUGAUGACGAGGAGGAGGAAGACCUGGGUGUGAGAAAGAAGGAGAGAUCAGACGAUCCUUAUUUUUCCAAGUUUUUGCACCAAAUCAAGAAAGAGGAGGAUGAUGAAGAUGGAUAUGAGGAGGAAAAUGACCGAGGAAGGGAGCCACACAGUGGCUUAGAGAGGAGAAGGUUUGGAUAUCCUGGAGAAGACGGGGAUGAAAGGGAUUUAAAGAGUGACCUUUUGAAUCCCUGCAUUAAAACACCCAUUGGAGACAGCGACCAGUCCCACUGCAGCUCUCCGCAAGCUGGCCCCAGCAGCGAGGGCGGGAGCGAGACACAGGAAAAAGGCCCGCGUCCCAAAGCGCGCCGUAAGCGCCGUUUACCCAACAGAGAGCUGAGCCGAGAGCUGAGCAAAGCACUGAAUCAGGAGAUCCAGAAGACCGAGGACUGCCUGGCCAACGAGAACCGUCAACCCCUCAAGGUGGAGCCAGAGUCCGAAAACGAGCAGCCCAAGAGGUUGUUCCGAAACGGCUCCGAACUCAGUGAUCAGAGGUCCCACCUCAAGACCAAAGAGAUGAAUGGGACGCCGUGGGAGCUUCGCCACUUCUACCCGAGUCAGAUCACUCCACUGGGCUUCAACAGGAGCACCCCGACCAACCGGCCGCCCCCUCCACACUCCCCUCCUAAGUGUGUUCAAAUGGAGCGGCACGUCAUCAGACCCCCUCCGAUAAGCCCACCCCCCGACAGAGUGCCGCUAAAAGAUGGGAAAACGCACGUCUUACAGCGCGAGGUCUGGAUGAAGAUCUUUGGCUACCUCACACACAAGGAGCUCUGUGUCUGCAUGAGAGUGUGCAAGACGUGGAACAGAUGGUGUUGUGAUAAGAGGCUUUGGACAGAGAUCGAUCUGAACCGCUGCACAUCCAUCACACCCCUCAUGCUAAGUGGGAUUAUCCGCCGUCAGCCGGUUUCCUUGGACCUCAGUUGGACCAACAUUUCCAAGAAGCAAUUGAGCUGGCUCAUUAAUAGAUUACCAGGUCUACGAGUGUUAAAGUUGUCUGGGUGUUCUUGGGCUGCUGUGUCGGCUCUCUGCACCUCCAGCUGUCCUCUGCUGCGCGCGCUGGAUGUGCAGUGGGUGGAGGGGCUGAAAGAUGCACAGAUGAGAGACCUCCUCUCACCGCCCACAGACAACAGACCAGGUCAGCUGGAUAACCGCUGCAAGUUACGGAACGUGGAGGACCUUCGAUUGGCAGGUUUGGACAUCACAGACACGUCUUUACGUCUCAUCAGUCGACAGAUGCCGAAUCUGUCCAGUUUAGACCUGAGCUACUGCAACCACAUCAACGACCAGUCAGUCAACCUGCUGACGGCAGCCGGGACCACGACCAGAGACUCGCUUACAGACAUCAACCUGUCAGUGUGUAACCGGGUCACGGACCAUUCCCUGAACUUUUUUAAACGCUGUGGAAGCAUCUGCCAGAUCGACCUUCGCUUCUGUAAGCAGGUGACAAAGACAGCGUGCGAGAGAUUCAUCGCAGAGAUGUCUGUGAGCGUGCCGUUCAGACUCAAAGAGGACAAACUGCUGCAGAAGUCGAGCUAGUUCCCAACAGGACAAAACAGACGGUCUUUGCACUUAUAGGAACAAGUUUUUUAAUUUACCGGCCCUGUGAAAAAUCUCUGAAAUUGAUGUCAAAGUAAACAAACUGAUGUGAGAGUGGGACUCUGCAUUCACUGGACACAUUAAGAGAAAAAGGCAUGCAUGUACUUGUGUUGAUAUUUUGCUUUUUGUCAUUGACUUUUGGGUUGUUUAUUUUUAUUCCUUAAAUGUUUAAAACAGUAUUUUUAUACAAGCAUCAUUUCAUGACUUUAAAGUGUCUCCGCAGCAAAAAACACUGAGGGGCUGCACGACUGAGACCUGAAAUCACCCAUUUCUUAGUUUGCCUUCAUAAGUGUGCCAAAAUUUUAUGUAUAUACAACCACAACACCUUAUGAAAUCAUGUGUAGUCAGAAAUCUCUGAUUAAUUUAUCCCAAAUUCCUCCUGGAUCUAAAGAAUGUAUUUGAAAAGAGACUAAAGAGAAAAAACUAGAGCUACCCCCCAGUGGUUACAUGCCUCCACACAAAUAGAUACAGUGAAAGUACAGAGGCGGGAGAGCUUGGGGGUUACAACCGUGACUUUUGACUUAGCUUGUCAUCAGGCCAUCCUUGCAUCAGAGUGAAUAUUUGAGCACAAUUGAAGGAAAAUUCCUCAAAGCAUUCUUGAGACAUUAUGCUCACAAAAAUUCGCCCAGAUGGCGAAUGUCUCAACAUCAUAUCACCUCAGCUCCUGCUGUCAGUGGCAAGGAAGCAUUUAAAUUCAGAUUCCUGUUACAUCCUCAUGUCUUCACUUCUUUUAAUACUUUAAUGGAUCAUUGUUGUUGUGUUUGACCAGGUGUUCUUUGGCAUUUUGAAAUUAAUUUAUUGACUUUCUUUUUAUAGCAGUUGAUAUUUAUUCAGAAACUUAACACAGAUGUCUCUGAGCUGGGUGAGACAAAUAAUUUAUCUCAGUGGAUUCAGUCAAAGUUUAUCUCCUAAAAGCCAGUGACAGGAUAUUGACAGUCUUAGAAAAGUUACUGUUAUCUUACCUAACACUGUCUUUCUCUGAUAAAAUCCAAGUUUAAAUAAGAAACUAUGUGACAGACUUAUGCAAAUAACUGAGUUGCAUAUCUUGAAUCAUAACUCCAUACAGUAGGUGUUGUGUGUGCUUUGGGGUGUGUUGUGUUGUAAUCUAUCACCUCAGGUGAAUGUGAUAAUGUUUAUAUUUGUAAAUGCAAAAACUUAAGUGCUAAUAUGCAUUAAAAUAAUUAAAUUUGUA